AAAAUACCUUUAGUCCAUCGUCCGAUCACAAAAGUAUCACACUCGAAGAAAACAUUCCAACUUUCGAACAUGCUUCCGUGGCUUCUGCUGGCGUACGUGGUGGCAGUUAAGGUUUACAAGAAAACAGCACCAAAUGGGAAACUUACAGUGUAUUUAGGCAAACGGGACUUCGGAGAUUAUGGAGAUUCGGUGGAACCAGUUGAGGGGGUGAUAUUGGUGGACCAGGACUACCUGCGGGACCGGAAGGUCUACGGCCAGGUGGUCACCACAUUCCGUUAUGGACGUGAACAGGACGAGGUCAUGGGUCUUCACUUCAGUCGACAACUCUAUUUGACCCUAGACCAGAUUUUCCCUCCAGACCAGGAAACAGAAAAAUCAGAACUUCAGGAUAAGUUGGUCAGAAAGCUGGGAGAGCAGGCCAUUCCUUUCACUCUUGAUCUUCCCGAGAAUGCGCCUGCCUCUGUCACGCUGCAGGCUGGUAACGAAGACACGGGUGCCCCUCUUGGCGUUGAAUAUGAGCUCAAGUUGUUUGUGGCCGAAAACAAAGAAGAGAAACCGCACAGGAGGAAUUCGGUUUCCAUGGCGAUCCGGAAGCUCCAAUACCACACCCCAGGUCCACUAAAUAGGCAACCAAGCGCCUUAGUCACUAAGGGAUUUGUAUUGAGUCCUGGAAAAUUACAACUUGAAGUCACUCUGGACAAAGAAUAUUAUUUCCAUGGCGAGAAAAUUGCAGUUCAUCUGGUGGUCACCAACCAUUCAAAAAAGACAAUAAGGAACAUAAGAGUGAAUGCCAUCCAAAACACCGAAGUGACGAUGAUAAAUGGCCAUUACAGCAAGGCAGUUGCUGGAAUCGAUUCAAAGGAAGGCUGCCCAAUCAUUCCCGGAGCAACUCUGUCCAAAGUUUUCUACAUCAUUCCAUCCGCAGAAGACAAUAAGGUCAAACGAGGCGUCGCCUUGGAUGGGUUGUUGAGAGAUAGUGACACCAACCUGGCCUCCUCCACCCUGAACACCAGCGAUGCCAUCGGCAUCGUCAUCUCGUACAUGAUAAGGGUGCGACUGUACAUGGGCGCCAUCGGCGGCGAGCUCGUGGCCGACGUGCCCUUCAAGCUCACCAGCCCCACCCCCGAGAAGCAGAAGGAGGUCUCUGGCAUGCAGAAGCGGGUCCGCAAGCAGCUGUCCAGGGAGAUGAGCACAGAUCUCAUCAUUGAAGACUUCGCCAGGAGGCGCCAGUUCAGCGAAGACUACGAGUAGAAGCAGAGAUUUGAGCUGUCUCAAAUAAAAUACACUAGUAAAGUCAUUGGAGAUUGUAAUGUGCAGUUGAGAAUAAUGACUUUCACGUUGUUUGUUA